CUGGGUAGAAUGGUGGCGAGGAGGAGCUGAUUUGGAGAAGCUUUCUGAUCAAGGGUGGGGAUCGCUGGUCCGGAUGGGGGGCGGAGAACACGCUGCGGGAAAUGCUGUCAUUCAGGGAAGUGGCCAUUGAUUUCUCUAUAGAGCAGUGGGAAUGCCUGGAGCCUGCUCAGUGGAAUCUGUACAGGGAAUUGAUGCUGGAGAAUUACAGCAACCUUGUGUUCCUGGGAAAUGCUGUCCUUCUGGGAUGUGGCCAUUGAUUUCUCUCCAGAAGAGUGGGAAUGCCUGGGGCCUGCUCAGUGGAAUCUGUACAGGGACGUGAUGUUGGAGAAUUACAGCAACCUUGUGUUCCUGGGAAACUCAGAAUCAGGAUAUUGUACAUUGCUUCAUGUAUUGUACUGGAUGUGUCAGAAACCAUGUCUAACUUUCUCUAAGCCGUUCUUGGUGACAUUCCUGGAGCAGAGACAAGGGCCUUGGGAUGAGAAGAGACAAGCAGCAGCCCCUGUGCACCCAGGAAGAGCACUCAGUGAUCCUGACUAUUACAGCAAUGCAACUCAGUGUAAAUCACUUUUUGUUAAAAAACAAAGAAUUUAUAUAGGGGGGAAACCCUACAAGUGUGAAGAAUGUGGUAAGGCCCUUAGUUCUCAUAAAACACUGUCUAUACACCAGAGACUUCAUACUGGAGACAAACCCUACAAGUGUAAAGAGUGUCACAAGUCCUUUAGUAGUCGCUCAUCACUGUUUAUACACCAGAAAAACCAUACUGAUGAAAAAAACUUCAAGUGUGAAGAAUGUGGCAGAUCCUUUUACUAUCCUUCAAUGCUGAAGCAACAUCAAAGAAUUCAUUCUGGAGAGAAACUCUACAAGUGUGGAGAAUGUGGAAAAGCAUUUUAUGAUCCUUCCUUCCUGAAGCAGCAUCAAAGAAUUUUCUGUGUAGAGAAACACUCUAAAUAUGAAGAAUGUGGCAAAGCAUUUUCUUCUGCUUUAACCCUUAACCAACAUAAAGAAAUCUAUACUAGAGAGAAACCCUUCCAGUGUGGAAAAUGUCACAAAGCCUUUCGUCAUCCUUCAGCCCUCAGGAUACAUAUGACAGUCCAUACUGGAGAGAAACCUUACAAGUGCGAAGAGUGUGGCAGAUGCUAUUUCUCAUCUUUAUCCCUUAGACGACAUCAAAUAAUUCACUCUGAAAACAACUCCAACAAGUGUGAAGAAUGUGGCAGAUGUUUUUCCUCAUCUUCUUGCCUUAGAAGACAUCAAACAAUUCAUUCUGAAGACAAGACCUAUAAGUGUGAUGAGUGUGGCAGAUAUUAUUCCUCAUCUUUUUCCCUUAGACGACAUCAAGUAAUCCAUUCUGAAGAUAAUCCCUAUAAAUGUGAAGAAUGUGACAAACGGUUUACUUAUUCUGCAAGUCUUCAGGAACAUCAAACAAUCCAUACUGGAGAGAAACCAUACAAGUGUGACAAUUGUCACAAAGCCUUUCGUCAUCACUCAUCCCUUAGGAAACAUAAGAUAGUCCAUACUGGAGAGAAACCUUACAAGUGUGAAGAGUGUGGCAAAUGCUUUUCCAGAUAUUCCUACCUUAGAAGACAUCAAGAAAUCCACUCUGAAGGCAAUCCACAGACGUGUGUGGAAUGUGGCAAAACCUUUCUUAAUGUUUAUCGCCUUACUCGACACAUAAAAGUUCAUACUAGAGAGAAAUCCUACUAAGGUCUUAAAAAAGUGUAUCCUUAUUCCAAAUAAUUCAUACUGAAUAAAUCUCUGUGACUGUA